AUGGGAGACGGUGGCGUCAAGGCGAGGCUAGGAGGUAUCAAGGAGAAAGUCCGUCUACAUGGCGACGAAGCAAAACACGAGCAGACGGACUCAUGGAGCAACAGGGACCUGAUCCCUCUCCCCCCAGAGAGGAGAACGUGGAACUGGUUCCUAUUUUUCGGCUACUGGACCAUCUCCAGCCUCAACAUCAGCAACUGGCAGUCCCCCAACACGUUCCUGGCCCAGGGCCUGUCAGUCUCCCAGUCCAUGGCGAUCAUCCUCGUCGGCCGCCUCCUGAUCUCCCUCUUCUCCACCCUGAUCGCCUGGUGCGGCCUCACCUGGCACAUCGGCUUCACGAUCCAGAACCGCUUCUCCUGGGGCCUCCGCGCGAGCUACAUCCCCCUCCUGCAGCGCAUCCUGCUCAACUUCCUCUGGAACGCGAUACAGUGCUGGAACGGCGGGCGGCUGGCUGCUGUCUGCCUCACAGCCAUCUGGCCCAGCUUCGCCGAGACGCCCGAGUUCCUGCCCGCGGGGAUGGCGGCCGUCACCACGGGCUACGAGUUCGUCGGCUUCGUCGUGUUCUGGGCGGUCUCGACGCCGUUCUUGUUUAUCCGCCCAGAGAAGUUCAAGUGGCCGUUCCGCAUCACCAGCGCCUACUGCGGCAUCGGGAUGCUGUGCAUGAUGACCUGGGCGCUGGCCACGGCCAAGGGCGUCGGGCCGUUGAUGACGCAGGGGCAGAACGUCCCCGGCGGGUGGAGGAACUCGUCGUGGCUGAUGAUGGCGGGUAUCAACCAGAUGGUUGGGGGAGUUGCGGCGGGUAUCACCAAUUCGAGCGACUUUGGCCGGUAUGCAAGGGGGCCGAAGCACUACGUCGGAGGCACGAUCCUGUCCGCGUGGAUCGUCGGCGUCCUCGUCUCAUUCAUUGGCUUGGUGACCACGUCCGCUGCCCAAACGAUAUACGGCGAAGUGUACUGGAAUCCCCCGGACCUGUUGAUGGUGAUGAUGGAUAGCGGUCAUGGAUCCUCUAGAGCGCGUGCUGGGGUAUUCUUCCUGGCAUUUGGGUUCGCACUGACAGCCUGCUUCGAGAACAUCUGCGGCAACGCUGUGGCAGGUGGCAUCGACCUAGCUGGCCUCUUCCCUCACUACAUCGAUAUCCGUCGCGGUGCUAUCAUCACUUUUGUGGCCGCUUGGAUCUGCCAGCCGUGGCAACUAAUUAACAGGGCGACGACCUUUGUCAGCGUCUUGAGUUCAUUCUCCGUCUUCUUGAGCCCCAUCAUUGGCAUCAUGGCAACGGACUUCCUGGUGCUCCGCAGAGGCAAGAUCCGCCUCAGUCACUUGUAUCGCACAAAUGACACAUCAUACUGGUAUUUCCACGGAGUCAACUGGAGGGCCAUUGUUGCUUGGCUGUGUGGCUGGGCUCCUACGAUAGGUGGCCUGAUCCUGACCGCCGGGGGAAAUACAGAUGGGCCCAAGGCCUUGUAUCAACUCUACUACAUGGCGUUCCUGGUUGGUUUCUUCAUAAGUGCGUCUAUUUUCUUCGCCCUGAACACACUGUUUCCGGUCCCUGGAAUGGGCGAGUAUGACGAGGUGGACUAUUACGGCACAUUCUCAAGCAAAGAGCUUGCCAAGUGGGGAGUCAUCCCUCCUGAGCAGGCACCUGUCCUUCAUGGAGACGACGCCAGUGAAUCGCAAGUUCAAGAGACAUUCGACAAGAAAGAUUAG